AUGACCGCGACCACGCCCGCGCCCGGGUCCCCACUCGGGGCCGGUCCCGGGCCGGAAAAUGAAAAAGAAUACUCAACGCCCAGCAGCGGGGACGACACAGCCUCGUCGACGAGCACUACUAUUCCGCAAACCGAGACUUCAGUUCCAACCGCCGAAGCUACAACCACCACUCUCGCUGAUAGCAAUGCGAACACCGACACCAACGCCGUUGACGGCCCCUCAACCGCAGCCGCAACAAUGCCCCCUCCAGAAGAAACACGCACCAAGCUCCAAACCACCAUGAUCAUCCUUGCCCUCGCAUCCGCUCUCUUCCUUGCAGCCCUCGACGUAACCAUCGUCACGGUCGCUAUCCCCACCAUCGCGCAGCAGUUCAACUCCAGCACGGGGUUCACGUGGAUCGGCUCGGCCUACAUGAUCGCCACGGCCGCGGGGGCACCCGUAUGGGGUAAAGUGUCGGAUAUUUGGGGGCGGAAGCCCAUUAUGCUCAUUGCGGUCGGGGUGUUUUGGGUUGGGUCGUUGUUGAGUGCUGUGAGUGUGAAUAUGGGCAUGUUGAUUGUGGCGCGGGCGAUUCAGGGGAUUGGGGGUGGAGGGAUUGUGAUUUUGGUGAAUAUUUGUAUUAGUGAUUUGUUUUCGAUGCGGAAAAGAGGCGUCUUCUUCGGUGUGAUGGGCAUGGUAUGGGCUGUCGCCUCUGCCGUCGGGCCAGUCCUAGGGGGUGUCUUCACGACCAAAGUCACCUGGCGAUGGUGCUUCUACAUCAACCUACCCAUCUCGGGCGUGGGCAUGGCCAUUCUUGCCUUCGUUCUCAAACUACACAACCCCCGAACGCCGAUGCGUGAGGGCCUCAAGGCGGUCGACUGGCUCGGUUCCAUCACCGUUGUCGGAGGGACCCUCAUGGUUCUGCUCGGCCUCGAGUUUGGCGGUGUCAGCUACCCAUGGAGUUCGCCCACCGUGAUCUGCCUCAUCGUUUUCGGAUUCGUUGUGGCCGCCCUGUUCGUCAUCAUUGAGUGGAAGCUAGCUCAAUUCCCCGUCGUACCGAUGCACCUGUUCAGCAUGCGGUCCAGCGCCGCGUCCCUAGCCGUCGGUGCGAUGCACGGCUUCGUCUUCAUCUCCGGCAGCUACUAUCUCCCCCUCUACUUCCAGGCCGUCCUCGGCGCCUCCCCGCUCAUGUCGGGCGUGUACAUCCUCCCCUGGGUCAUGUCACUAUCCCUCAUGUCCGCAGCUACGGGCCUGUACGUGAAGAAGACCGGCAAAUACCUCCCGCCCAUCAUCUUCGGCAUGGCCGUCAUGACUCUCGGCUUCGGCCUCUUCACCAACCUCGAGGACACCCCCAACUGGGCCAAGAUCGUACUAUACCAGAUCGUCGGCGGCCUAGGCGUGGGGCCCAACUUCCAGUCUCCGCUCAUCGCACUACAGUCGACUGUCGGACCCCGCGACAUGGCCUCGGCCACGGGCACAUUUGCCUUUGUCCGCCAGCUCUUCACCGCCAUCUCCAUCGUCGUCGGAGGCGUGGUGUUCCAGAACGGCAUGCAAAAGCAGUACCCGCGCCUGCGCGACGAGUUGGGCCCCAACGUGGCCGACUUGCUCUCCGGUGCCAACGCCGCGUCCAGCGUGGGGCUGGUCAACCAGUUGCCCGACCAGCAGCGCGAGACCGCGCGCGAGGCCUACGCGUCCAGCUUGCGCACUAUGUACAUCAUGUACGUGGCGUUUGCCGGGCUGGGCUUGCUUCUAUCGUUCCUGGUGGGCUCGCGGCACUUGAGUAAGGAUCACACGGAGCACAAGACGGGGCUGCAGCAUAUGAAGCAGUCUAAGGAGGACAAGCUGAAUGAGGCUGCGGCGGAUGGUAAGGCUGGGACCCCGUUGCGGGACGAGGAGAAGGCGCUGCCAGAGGUGGGCGAGAAGAGCGAGAAGGGGUCGUCGCCACAGAGCGGAUUAGAAAAGGAGACGGUGUAA